AAAGCAGCACACCCAGAUAGAACUGAAGCAUUCAGAUUUCAGAAGGCUGGGCAAUGGGAGCUUGAGUUAUUUCAAUUAUAUGAGGUAGAAGUUAUUCUUUCAUCUCUUUUAGAAUCAGAAAGAAAUUAAGCAUCUUUGUUUCUGUGUUGUUGUGUAAGUAUAUAUCAUGAGGGAUUUUCCUUCUUGUUUUGGUGAGAAUGGUGUUCAAGUUGCUGAUUUUUCAUCAUCCUCAUCAUCAAGAGCUGCAAAAACUGCUCAUCAGAACUUGGUCUCAUGUGUUUAUCAGUGUAAAUUGCGAGGGCGUUUGUGUUUGAUUACAGUUACAUGGACCAAGAAUCUGAUGGGUCAGGGCCUCAGCGUGGAGAUUGAUGAUGCAGCCAAUUUUUGCCUCUGUAAGGUGGAUAUAAAGCCAUGGCUGUUCUCCAAGAGAAAAGGGUGCAGAAAUCUGGAGGUUGAUUCUAGUAAAAUCGACAUCUUUUGGGAUUUAACCAAUGCUAAAUUUGGUUCUGGGCCUGAGCCAUUAGAGAAGUUUUACCUGGCUGUUAUGUUCAACCAAGAAAUGGUUCUUCAUCUUGGAGAUUUGAAAAGAGAGGUUCUUGGUGUCAAAGACCCAAUUCAUGGUUCCAAUGCUGUCUUUGUUGCUAAAAGGGAACACAUUUUUGGGAAGAAACUUUAUGGUGCGAAGGCUCAGUUCUGUGACAAGGGGAAAACCCAUGAUGUUACAAUUGAGUGUGAGACUGUAGGGCUGAAUGAGCCUUACCUUGUGAUCUGUGUUGACAGUAAGACUGUGAUGAAGGUGAAGAAGCUGAACUGGAAGUUCAGGGGAAAUCACACCAUUUUGGUUGAUGGGUUGAGAAUUGAAGUGUUCUGGGAUGUGCACAAUUGGCUCUUUGGGAAUUCUAUGGGCGAUGCAGUGUUCAUGUUCCAAACUUGCCUCAGUAACAAUGCUGAUAAGCUGUGGAGUACUGGUAAUACUACUAGCGAGUCAGUUUUGGAUUCAUCUUCUGUGUUAACUUGGUCUUCGUCUUCCUCCUCUCGGCAACUGAGAGAGAGCAACAACCAGUUGCAGGGUCUUGGUUUCUCCCUGGUUUUGCAUGCUUGGAAGAAUGAAUAGAAUUCUAGUUCAAAGUGUUGUGUUUUAUUGUAAG